AUGCCUUCUUAUAGCCAAGAAAUAAAUGUUGACCUAAAUUCAAAUGAAAAGAAUGGCUACAAAGAUAAAAAUGAAAGCAAAAGUGAAGAAGUCAAAUACGUUACCUCCGAUCUUGAAAAUAGUGUUCCAGAUGGAUUGAAUGCUGAGCAAAAGCUCGCAUUUGCGUUAAGAGACUUUUUGAAACCGUCAAACCCAGUAUUAGAAGAUAACGAUAAAGAUAAAGAGAAUCCAUCUCCGUUCACUCUUGACCAAAAUUUACCAUAUAUAGAUGAGCAUGUAGAUACAGAAAACAUCCCGCAGUCUGACGAGGAACAACACCAAUGUCAAGAAACAGACGAAGUGCUUAAUAACGCUGCUUGUCGUUUAAGACGAUGGCGGGCAGCCUCGCGAAAGCUUAGGCGACCCCGAAUCAUAAAUAACUUAAGUACUAAGGAUGAAGGAAGCAACGCGAAUAAGAACUUCCAUGGUGGUCAUACUGAUCUGGCUGACCGUCUGCGUAGCCUGGCCGCCGCCAGCAGCAUGUCUGCCUCGGCAGGUGAACUACUGUCGCUGGCUCCACCACCAUCUGCGGCUACUGCGCCGCCCUCACCUGGCUGCUUUCUCUCACCUACGCUAUCCGAUCAAAGUGCUGCGGAAUAUUUCGGUUCAAGUCCAGAAUGCUGCGUGGACCGCGGCGGCUUCGAAAGCAGCAGCUCGACUGGGAACCCGGUACCACCUCCCGGACCCCGCUACAAGCUUGCUACGGAAGGCACCUUGAGAGUGUGCUGUUUUCAACAUACUAGGACUGUCGUUGACAAAAUUCUCGCUGCGAAGUUUCUUCGAAGAUGGGAAACGCACGUACUGUGCUUAUUAGAAGAUAAUGUUAUUUCCAAAACGCCAUCCGGUCUUCUGGAAAGUGCGCUAUCAUAUAGCUGCAUGCAAGAGGUUUACUGCAUAUCGCGCUGGGACCCUGCAAGGAAAUAUUGCCUGAGGAUCGUAAUGCCGCACGGCUCGCUCUUGCUGCAGGCUAAUGACGCGUAUACAAGAGACCAGUGGUAUUAUUCUAUAAUUUGGAGAAGAAACAUGAUAAGAUAUCGCAAUUUUCUAACGAAAACAGUGCGGAAGGAAGUGGUUUUGAAAGAGCUCAAGAAUAUGGUGGACUUUGUCAUGACCACACCUCUGCAGGACGAAAGUGUAACGCGAGCUCCGUUGCAAAUUCUUACCGACCUGCUCUCUGAGAACAAAAAUAGUCCUGACUGGGAAGAAUGGGCGGAAAAUGUUACGAGCUCAGCUGCGCCUUUGUUAGCGGAACGAGGUGUGAAUGGGGAACUUUGCGCUUUGCUCGCUCGUCUGUGCAGGAGACGACCACGCUCCGCCCCACUGCCCGCGCUCGCUCCACCUGUACGAAGAGUACUCACCCGAAAUGUUGAUUUUGGAAAGGCGCCGGACGCCAGGCGAUUUGUACGAGAUUAUAUCAGUGCGUUGAGCGCGAACAACUCGGGGCCGAGCCUCGUACGUCGCUUCGUUGCGGUGACGCACGGCGAGCGUGCAAAAUGUCCACACCCUCGCGCCGCGCCCAACCUCGCGGCCGUGGCGCUCGCCGCACUCGACGAUCACUUCCGCGACUACACCGUACCACACUGCUGCGACGACUCCGAGCACGACGUCCUCUGCUUCGCGGACAUCCUAGAGCACAUGUGCGAGUACGAGGACUGGUUGGUGGUGGUGGGCGCGGUGCUACAGCCGGUAGGGCUGUGCGUGGGUGCGCUGGGCUGCCCGCGCGUGUGUGUGCGGCUGGCGUGCGUGUUGGGCGCGCUGGCGAAGGACGCGCGCUGCGCUGCGCACGGCAGCGUGACGCCGGCCCACGCCGCGCGACCAGCGCCACCCUCCUGGCUGCGCGCCGCCGCGCCCUCCGACCCCGUUCUCGCACUGCCGCAUCACCAGCUUUGCCAGUUAUGGGGCGACAUGAUUGGAGGCUUACUCAACUGUUGCGGGAAGAGAAAAAGUUUUCUUCAGAGUAUGAGCAAGCAACUGCCAGAUUUUCUUUUAGUCGCUCUAACUGAACAUCCUGCAGCAUUAGAAGCCUUGUGUUUAAUGCUGGAAUGGGAGGUAGUCAGUGGAGAACAAAUUCAGUUAGAAAUUAUUGCGACUUUACAAGGCACAGAACUAGGUCAAAAAUACUAUAAAGAUCUUUGUGAGCGGCAACAAAACUUGCAAAAGCUGCAAGCUGAGGGCGGGCCGCGGCGGCUGGCGCUGCCGGUGCGCGCCACGGACGCGGACGUGGCGGCGCUGCUGGAGGCGGGCGCGCUCGGCAACCUCGAGUGCCUCUCGCUCGCCUUCACCGCCGUCACCAGCGCCUGCGCACAACACCUCAUCAAGGUACGCAUCACACACGGACGCGGACGUGGCGGCGCUGCUGGAGGCGGGCGCGCUCGGCAACCUCGAGUGCCUCUCGCUCGCCUUCACCGCCGUCACCAGCGCCUGCGCACAUCACCUCAUCAAGGUACGCAUCACACACGGACGCGGACGUGGCGGCGCUGCUGGAGGCGGGCGCGCUCAGCAACCUCGAGUGCCUCUCGCUCGCCUUCACCGCCGUCACCAGCGCCUGCGCACAACACCUCAUCAAGAUACGCAUCACACACGGACGCGGACGUGGCGGCGCUGCUGGAGGCGGGCGCGCUCGGCAACCUCGAGUGCCUCUCGCUCGCCUUCACCGCCGUCACCAGCGCCUGCGCACAACACCUCAUCAAGGUACGCAUCACACACGGACGCGGACGUGGCGGCGCUGCUGGAGGCGGGCGCGCUCGGCAACCUCGAGUGCCUCUCGCUCGCCUUCACUGCCGUCACCAGCGCCUGCGCACAACACCUCAUCAAGGUACGCAUCACACACGGACGCGGACGUGGCGGCGCUGCUGGAGGCGGGCGCGCUCGGCAACCUCGAGUGCCUCUCGCUCGCCUUCACCGCCGUCACCAGCGCCUGCGCACAACACCUCAUCAAGGUACGCAUCACACACGGACGCGGACGUGGCGGCGCUGCUGGAGGCGGGCGCGCUCGGCAACCUCGGGUGCCUCUCGCUCGCCUUCACCGCCGUCACCAGCGCCUGCGCACAAUACCUCAUCAAGGUACGCAUCACACACGGACGCGGACGUGGCGGCGCUGCUGGAGGCGGACGCGCUCGGCAACCUCGAGUGCCUCUCGCUCGCCUUCACCGCCGUCACCAGCGCCUGCGCACAACACCUCAUCAAGGUACGCAUCACACACGGACACGGACGUGGCGGCGCUGCUGGAGGCGGGCGCGCUCGGCAACCUCGAGUGCCUCUCGCUCGCCUUCACUGCCGUCACCAGCGCCUGCACACAACACCUCAUCAAGGUACGCAUCACACACGGACGCGGACGUGGCGGCGCUGCUGGAGGCUGGAGCGCUCGGCAACCUCGACUGCCUCUCGCUCGCCUUCACCGCCCUGCCUUCCCUGCGUUAUCUGAACUUGUGGGCGACCAAGUUUGGUGACAGUGGCGUCCAGCUAAUAGCGGAACACUUGCCACGUUUACAAGUGCUUAACCUCUGCGAGACACCCAUCUCAGACAAAGGAAUAGAAGCUUUAUCAGGGUUAUCAAGUUUGAGACGUUUAAAUCUUAAUAGCACUAAAUUAUCAGCGGAAGCAUUCGAAAUACUGCGUCAGAGACUCCCCCACCUACAAGAGUACGACAUACGUUACACGGAAGCCUGGUGA